GUGGACAAAUACUGCUAUGAGCAGGCAUGCCAUUGGCAAAAAAUUGGAUGAGGUACAAUCUAAGGUCCGUCGUUACAAUGAUUUAUGUCGACGAGCCAUAAUAUUGGGUGAAGAAGGGUCACUUUCUCAGGAGAGUUAUGAUGUAGCAUUAUGUGCCAUAAAAGAAGCUUUAAAGCAAUGCACGAGUUUGAACACUUCUGUUGAAAGCAAUGCAAAACCUAAUGACUCGGCAAUAGAUGGUAUUUGUGGUAUUGAAGUGAGUCAGUGUGGUAUGACAUCUGAUGACAAGAUUUUUGGUCUGAAAGUGAGUACUGCUAGCAAGACUCCUAGGAGAGUUGGGACUGGGAAAGUGGUGGCAAGGCAUGGGAAAGGAAAGGUACCUCAGCCGGAAGGUAUGAGAGUUGGAACACAAGACCAGUUUCCCCAAAUGCAAGUUUGUUCUGAGACAAGGCCGCCUAUGCUGAUGCAGCUACAUAAUGUGGUGCCUCCGCAGUUGCAUAAUAUGGUGCCAUCAAUGUUUCAAAAUGUCUCACCGGCACAGUUCCAUAAUGGCUUGUUCGACACCUGUGCAGGAGAAUCGUCUCCCUCAGUAACUUGGAACUUUUCUUCCUCUUUUUAAGAAUUGAGUGUUGUUUAUACAUCCAUGUACAGUAGAAAGUAGAGACGAACUGAAGUAGUGUAGGUUUCAGCACUCCUCAGUUUUACAGGUGCGUGCUAGUGGGGUCCUAAGAACUGUUGAAAAGUAUCCAAAUACAUCGUAUAUGUUGUGCACCUGGAUUUCUAUUUGGUGAUAGGACUCUAGGAGUAAUGAAAAAAAAAAAAAAACAGACGGAGAGUCGUUGAUGAUUCUUGCACCAAGGCUUUGUCUCAUUUCCUGUGUCGGUGAGAGGAAAAGAUGGAAGACAAUGCAUAUGAAGAAGAUGGUCCGGGAAGACAAGAAAUGGAGAUGUUAAGAAAUACAAUUGCACAAAGUCUAAUGAAUGCAUCUACUUAGCAUUUAGUUGCAAAGUUGUAUUGACUUUAAUACAUUUUGUGUAAUGUUUCCCGUAUACCAUGGUGGGGGCAUGUUUUGUGUAAUAUUCUCAACUCAUUUGUAUAAUAUUUAAGGGUUUAAUGUAAUAUUUUAUUUGAUC